AUGGCUGUCUAUGCCCUCACCGGCUUCUCGCUCGUCAGCCUGCUCAGCUUUGGUUACUUAUCCUGGGACUGGAUGAAGCCCAGUUUGGUGGCUGAUGUGGCCACAGACCCCAUGGAGAAAUCGCUGCCUCCCACCUUCUCCAGGCCACCCCACAUCAUCUUCAUUCUGACCGACGACCAGGGCUACCACGACGUCGGCUAUCACGGCUCAGAUAUCCAGACGCCAACGCUGGACAGGCUGGCAGCCGAGGGCGUUAAGCUGGAGAACUACUACAUCCAGCCCAUCUGCACUCCAUCCCGCAGCCAGCUGAUAACUGGCAGGUACCAGAUCCACACGGGUCUGCAGCACUCCAUCAUCCGUCCUCGGCAGCCCAACUGCCUGCCCCUCGACCAGGUCACCUUGCCCCAGAAGCUGCAGGAAGCUGGCUACUCCACACACAUGGUGGGCAAGUGGCACCUUGGCUUCUACAAGAAGGAAUGCCUGCCCACCCGCCGGGGCUUCGACACCUUCCUGGGCUCCUUGACAGGCAACGUGGACUACUACACCUACGACAACUGCGACGGGCCGGGCGUCUGUGGCUACGACCUGCACGAAGGGGAGGACGUGGCCUGGGAUCAGAGUGGGAAGUACUCCACGGUCCUCUACGCCCAGCGUGUCAGCAAGAUCCUGGCAUCCCACAGCCCCAAGGAGCCCAUCUUCAUCUAUGUGGCCUUCCAAGCUGUUCACACGCCUCUGCAGUCGCCCAAGGAGUACAUCUACCGCUACCGCUCCAUGGGCAACGUCGCUCGCCGCAAGUACGCCGCCAUGGUGACCUGCAUGGACGAGGCAGUGAAGAACAUCACCUGGGCCCUCAAGAAGUAUGGUUAUUAUGACAACAGUGUCAUCGUGUUCUCCACUGACAAUGGGGGCCAGACCUUCUCUGGGGGAAGCAACUGGCCGCUGCGGGGCCGCAAAGGGACAUACUGGGAAGGGGGAGUCCGUGGCAUCGGGUUUGUUCACAGUCCCCUGAUCAAGCGCAAGCGCCGGACCAGCUGGGCACUGGUUCACAUCACGGACUGGUACCCAACUCUUGUCAGCCUGGCCAGGGGCAACCUGAGCAGCGUCCCUGGCUUGGAUGGCUACAAUGUGUGGCCUGCCAUCAGCGAGGGCAAGGAGUCACCACGAAGAGAAAUCCUGCACAACAUCGACCCCCUGUACAACCAUGCCAAGUAUGGCUCCUUGGAGGAUGGCUUUGGCAUCUGGAACACAGCCGUGCAAGCCUCUAUCAGGGUUGGGGAGUGGAAGCUCCUCACUGGUGACCCAGGGUACAGUGACUGGAUCCCUCCACAGACCCUGACCAACUUCCCGGGGAGCUGGUGGAACCUGGAACGUCUCACUGACGGCCUGAAGAAGUCUGUGUGGCUUUUCAACAUCACUGCCGAUCCCUAUGAGCGCUAUGACCUCUCGGACCAGCGGCCAGAUGUGGUCAGAACCCUCUUGAUGAGGUUGGUGCACUACAACCGCACGGCCAUCCCCGUGAGGUACCCUGCAGAGAACCCCCGGGCUCACCCGGACUUCAACGGUGGUGCCUGGGGACCCUGGGCCAGUGAGGAUGAUGUGGAGGAGUGGGAAGGCAUUGAGGAACCCCUGAAGAGCAGGAACAAGAAGAAGAAGUGUAAGAUCUGCAAGCUGCGCUCCUUCUUCCGCAAGCUGAACACCAGGCUCAUGUCCAACCGCAUCUGAUGGGACUCUCCCAGCACUGACCCAGCUUGACCAGGGUGGAGCUCCAGACAGCAGUGCCGUGGUGUGGGGCCUAGGGAAAAGGGGCAGACAGGAAGGUGGCCAGCAACCUUUUGCUUUGAACUUGCUCCAGGGUUCACCCAAAACCACCU